UUUACAUUUUUAUAUUCUCUUGCAUUCUCCUCAGUGCCCCAUAUUCAAGUAUCCGAGCACAUAUACACCUAAAUACGAAAUUUUAUUCGGCAUGGAAUUCAACGCACGUUUCUAUGGCAAAGUACGGAACUGAAUUAUGCAACUCCCACCGAAUUCGGCUGGGUAUAWAAGCGCUUCCAGUCGACGGGGAAAACACAAUCUCAAUUUGCAGUAUUCUCAAAACGUUCAAAAUGGUCAAAUUCAUCAUUGUACUGUGCGCCUUCAUCGCCUGCGCCGCCGCCAAGCCACAGUUUCUCGCUUCGGUCGCCGCGCCGUUAGCCGCCGCACCGGUCGUUGCCUCAGUGCCAGCCGCUUACGCCGCGGCUCCCAUCGCCUAUGCCAACGCCCACUUGGAUGCGGCCUAUGCUAGCAGCUCAAUCGAUGUGAGACAGAACUACGGCGCCGCUGUAGUGCCUGCCGUGUACUCCGCCGCAGUUGCGCCAGUUGCGCCUGUCGCUCCAUUGAAAUACACCGCUGCCGCUCCAGUCCUGUUCUUUUGUAAAACAAGAGGCAUAAAUAACAAAACACCCUCCAAAAUGUUCAAAUACGCAGUUGUUGUCUUCGCCAUCAUCGCCUGCGCAGCCGCCAAACCCGGUCUCCUUGCUGCCGCUCCUUUGGCUUACGCCGCUCCUGCUGCCGUCGUUGCUGCUCCAGCCCCAGUAGUGACUGCCACCAGCAGCCAAGUGAUCGCWCGCAACUAYAAUGGAAUCGCCGCUGCCCCACUUGUUGCCGCCRCACCAGUAGCCGCMCCUGUUGUUGCCCGCUAUGCCGCCGCUCCAGUAGCCGCCCCUAUUGUCGCUGCUCCAGCUCCAGUGAUUACCGCCACCAGCAGCCAAGUGAUCGCUCGCAACUACAAUGGMAUCGSCGCYGCACCCGUUGUUGCCGCAGCCCCCGUGGUUGCCCGUUAUGCCGCUGCUGCUCCUUUGGUGGMGUCGCAUUAUGCCGCAGCUCCACUUGCCUCUUCUUUCCUUUGGUAAAUAAAGGAUUUCUAAGAGAAAUGGAAAGAUCAAAUAACGAACGUGAAAUAAAGAAAUCGAAUUGAAAGAA